CCUUUCACCGCGAGCGGCUGGUGCGUCGUGCGUUUGAAUUCAGUUCUCACGAGAUAUUCGUCCCCUUUUUGAUGGUGAUAUUUUCGUCUGGCUUUUCUUCUGCACAGUGUUCCGUGGUGGUAGCGAGCCGUAACCAUAGCGACUAUCGUCGAAGUGCUUAGCUGGGUGAAUCGGUUUGUAGCGUUUAUCGCGUUGCUUUAACGACGAAUAAGAACGUGCCAGAAGCUGCUGCAGUUUUGGAUUAAUUAACGCGUGUCUGCGAGUGCAUUCUCCACCUCUGCUGCAUUCAUCACGCACCGGAGCGUGUUGGUGCAAGAAAACGCCAAGAAGUUUUCUAACAUUGAUCAUCUUUAUUGAAGUUCACUGGAACGGAGCGAAGAUAAACUUCAAAGACUCAUUUAAUCUCGCACUCAACACGCAAGCCUCAAAAUGCCUUCGUUAGGAAUAUCGUGCGUGCGCUAUCUGGUGUUUUUCUUUAAUUUCCUGUUUGCGAUCACCGGACUGGUGGUGAUUGUAACAGGCGCGGUCAUACAGUCUUACUACUACCAUUACUCGAACUUUGUCGGGGAGAGCUUCUGGACUGCUCCGAUAGUGCUGAUCGUGAUUGGCUCCAUCAUCUUCGUGGUGGCAUGCUUCGGAUGCUGUGGCGCUGCCAAGGAGAGUCCUUGCAUGAUAAUAACGUUUUCGAUCUUCCUCGGGUUGGUAUUCUUGGCCGAAAUCGGUAUCGGCGUUGCUGGAUACUAUAAGCACGAGGAGCUGAGCGGCAUCCUUGAGAAGGGCUUCAACAAAACGCUCGACAGUUACGCCACCGAUAAGGGCGCCCAGGAAGCGUGGAAUCUGGUGCAGUCGGAGAUGCAGUGCUGCGGCAUCAAAGGCCCUGAAGAUUGGGAACCGAUCUAUAAGAACGACACCGUACCGCGAGCCUGCUGCCACCGGAUGCCGGUCGGGGUGAACAAGUGUACUAGAGAGCAUGCCUCGACUGAGGGCUGCUUUUCGAAGCUCUCCAAUUUCCUCGGUUCCAAAUCGUUGAUUCUGGCCGGCAUCGGCAUUGGGCUGGCUAUCGUUCAGCUCAUCGCCGUCCUCUUGGCCUGUUGUCUGUAUGGUUCGUUCCGGCGCCAGUACGAAACCGUCUAAAUUGCCUCGGACAGCUUAUUUUGCAGCACCGCUAUAAGAAGAAUGGAAAUGCGCCGAGAAGAAAAUGCGAAUCAACACAAACAUUCCUUGUGGGUGGGCGUACUGAAAAGGAUCACCUGCGGACGGAAGAUCAUCGAAAACGAACGAAGCAUAGAGAGAGCAACACGGAGUAGAAAUGAAACCAUUCCUGCUCCAGAAAUUCACGAAUCGUAAUCAAAACUAGCCGCAGCUCAAAUAAUAGUAAUAAUAAUAGUAGAGCACCUUUACACAUUUCAAUCUUACUUUCUAGGCAUUACACAGUUGCUCAUCUUUAUGUAGAGAUAGCUAACCUCCCUUUUGAAAUACACCACCCUCAGUGAGAAAAAGGGAUCGAUUUUUGGCAGCCGGAUAAAGCGCUACAUUAACGAGUGGGCCAAUGGAAGCAAAAAAUCUCACAAAAUACCUCCACCAUGUAGUGAACAGGAAAAUCAAAACCCUCUCCCACCAAGUCAACAAUUUCGAAAUGGGAACAAACUGAAAUCAAUAAUUUUACCAAUCGGGAAGACUUUAGAGGCGUUUAGAAUUGUAUCACUGCAGCAGCAUGUAGAAUGAACUCCGUUCAGGAGAAGAACGAAUGGUUCGUGCUAUGUACGAUGAUCACUAGUUCGAAUUUUGUCGCAUUUCGUGUGAGAGGUUGUUGCUUGAAAUAAAUGUUUAGUGUAGUGCAUCAGAUUAAAUGGUACAUUCAACGGCGAGUGUGUAUAUCCAAACAAUAUUGGAAUAGAUUAUUCUUUUGCCCCGUUCGUGGAAGUUGAGCAAGGUCCUGCCAAUCGUGCAAUAACGAACUUUAACUGAGCGCAAGACCAAUAUACGAGUUCGAUGUGUGGAUUCCGUUGGCUUUGAUCGUUUUAGUAAAGCGCCCUAAAGAAGUACGUACGUUUAGUAAAAUACGAAGAAGCGCUGGUACUCACUUCUACUGUUUAAUAGAACUAUUGCGGUAUCAAAAUCAAAGAAACAUGAUGAAAGUAUAUUCCAAACAUUCGAAGUGCAUACAAUUUUGCAGUGACAUCGCAACAAAGUAGGAAGAACAAAUUGUGUAAUAUUGCAAUUGAAACCAUUUGUAGCACAGUUUGUUCAGCAAACAGGCUUUUCGGCGCACCAGAAAUUGUACGAGCAGAGGCUUUG